GGCGGGGUCGACUAAGCUGCCGCGUUGGCAUUUUCUCCUGGUGAAGGAAAGAGUACGGCUGCUGAGAGCCCAGCCCAGCAAUCCCGGUCCUCUGAGUCGUGAAGAAGGGAGGCAACGAGGGGGUUAGGGUUGGGGCCUGAGGCAAGGCUCCGCUCUAGCCAGAGGGACCGGAGCCAUGGCUCAGAAAAUGGACUGUGGUGCGGGGCUCCUCGGCUUCCAGGCUGAGGCCUCUGUAGAAGAACGCACCUUACUUAUGCAGAACUUGAUGGAGGCGAUCCAGAUCUCAGAAGCUCCACCUACCAGCCAGGCCGUGGCAGCUGUCAGUGGGCAGAAUGUUAGUCCCCAGUGUUCACAGCCCCCAGCUGCCAAUGAGAUGGCUGAUGUUCAAGUUUCAGCAGCUGCCACAAGGCCUAAAACAGCCUUUAAAGCCCGGAAUGCCACCACAAAAGACCCUAAUGAUGUCAACGAUUUUGCUAAGGCCCAUAAUGCCAAGGAAUUAGCCAGUACCCGACCCAAGGCAGCCUUUAAGCUCCAGAAUGCCAUUCUAAAGGGCCCAAAUGCUGCCUAUGAUUUUUCCAAGGCAGCAGCCACAGGUGAAAUGGCUACUAGUGACUGUGAGAUUGCCUUAUUUAAGGCCCAGGAUGUCACUACUAAGGUGGGCUCAUAUCCCAACAGUAGUUUCUCUGGGUCUCCCAAUGCCAAUGAGAUGGUCGCUAACCAACCUCAAACUGCCUUCAAGGCUUGGAAUAAUACCACUAAGGCCCCUGUAGCUGCUAGCCAGACCUACAGUCACAAUGUAAACCGAGCCAGAAUGGCCACUUCCCAGACCAAUGCAAGUAUCUUUGAACCUGAUGGUGCAGCUGCACAGACAUCAGCAGAUGGUUUCCUGGCUCAAAAUUUGGAGUCCCGGACAAGGGGCAAGAGAGCCCGAAAGAUUAAUAACUUGAACGUGGAAGAGAACAGCAGUGAUCAGAGGCGGGCCCCACUGGCUGCUGGGACCUGGAGGUCUGCACCAGUUCCAGUGACCACUCCAAACCCACCUGGUGCACCCCCUAAUGUGCUCUGGCAGACCCCGUUGGCUUGGCAGAACCCAUCUGGUUGGCAAAACCAGCCAGGCAGGCAGGCCCCACCAACACGUCAGAGCCCCCCAGCUAGACAGGCCCUGCCAUCCUGGCAGAACCCAGUUGCAUGGCAGAAUCCAGUGAUCUGGCCGAGCCCCAUUAUUUGGCCUGGUCCAGUUGUCUGGCCACACCCCAUUGUUUGGCCUGGCCCAGUUAUCUGGCCACACCCAGUAGCUUGGCAGAAUCCACCUGGAUGGCAUACUCCACCUGGAUGGCAGAACACACCAGGCUGGCGCGGCCCUCCGAACUGGCAAGGCCCUUCUGAUUGGCCGUUACCUCCUAACUGGCCACUGCCACCAGAGUGUCCACUUCCCACUGAAUGGCCACUUCCACCUGACUGGAUCCCUGCAGAUUGGCCAGUUGCACCUGACCGGCAGAACCUGCGGCCCUCGCCUAAUCUCCGACCCACCCCCAACUCACGUGCCUCACAGAACCUGGGUGCCCCACCACCCCGAGAUGCAGCCCUUCUUCAGGAAAGAGCAAAUAAGUUAGUCAAGUACCUGAUGCUUAAAGACUACACAAAGGUGCCCAUCCGGCGCUCAGAAAUGCUGAGGGAUAUCAUCCGAGAAUACACUGAUGUUUAUCCAGAAAUCAUUGAACGUGCAUCCUUUGUCCUGGAGAAGAAAUUUGGGAUACAACUGAAAGAAAUUGACAAGGAAGAACACCUGUACAUUCUCAUCAGUACCCCUGAGUCCCUGGCUGGCGUACUAGGAACGACCAAAGACACACCCAAGCUGGGUCUCCUCUUAGUGGUUCUGGGUGUCAUCUUCAUGAAUGGCAACCGUGCCAGUGAGGCUGUCCUCUGGGAGGCACUACGCAAGAUGGGAUUGCGUCCUGGGGUGAGACAUCCUCUCCUUGGAGAUCUGAGAAAACUUCUUACUUACGAGUUUGUAAAGCAGAAAUACCUGGACUACAGACGAGUGCCCAACAGCAAUCCUCCUGAGUAUGAGUUCCUCUGGGGGCUCCGUUCCUACCAUGAGACCAGCAAGAUGAAAGUGUUAAGGUUCAUUGCAGAGGUUCAGAAGAGAGACCCUCGUGACUGGACUGCACAGUUCAUGGAGGCUGCAGAUGAGGCCUUGGAUGCUCUAGAUGCUGCUUCGGCUGAGGCUGAAGCCCGGGCUGAAGCAAGAACCCGCAUGGGCAUUGGAGAUGAGGCUAUAUCUGGGCCCUGGAGCUGGGAUGACAUCGAGUUUGAGCUGCUGACUUGGGAUGAAGAAGGAGAUGUGGGGGAUCCCUCUUCCAGAAUCCCAUUUACCCUCUGGACCAGACACCACCAGAAUGCCCACUCCAGAUUUCCUCAAACCCCCGCUGGUCCUAUUAUUGGUCCUGGUGUUACACCCACUGCCAACUUUGCUGCCAACUUUGGUGCCAUUGGUUUCUUCUGGGUCGAGUGAGGCAUUGGAUAUUGCUCAUCAGUUGCAAUAGUCCUUCCCCUGAGUGAGGCUGAAGCCUCAGAUUUCUUCUAAAUACAACUAUCUAGAGAGCCACAUCCUGUUGACUGAAAGUGGCAUGCAAGAGAAUAUAUUUGCUGUUACUGUCCGUUGCUUUUUUUUCCUCGUGUGCUGUUAAGUUUUGGGAUCAGAAAUAAACGUUGAAACUGCAAAGUGAA